AGUAGCGAAUGGAGGGGAUAGCGUCAAGCGUCAAACAAACCACCGUUAUUUGAAAUAUUUUAAAUGUGGAAAAAAUUAUUAAUUAAAAACAAAAAAUGGCAACAAAAGAAUUUGAAAAAGUCUUCACCAAAGUGCAAACAACAUCAGCAUGCCAUCAAAAGUGUGUCAUAGUGCUCACAGACAUAUACAAAAAGACACCAAGGGAAGAAUUCAUGCAACUUUUCCUGAAGUUUCUCCAACUCGUUGUCCGUCAAAACAUAGACAAUGGUCAAUACACGAAACGCGUCUUGAACUUCGUUUCCAUGUUCUGUGCAGACCUAACAAAAAAGGAACAGAAGGAAAACCAGACCCACGAGUUCCUCACCCCCAUAAUCGAAAAAACAAUCGAGUGGAGUGUAACAAACGUUUAUGACAUCCGAUACAAUUCUUGCUACUUCAUUGCAAUGGUUUUACAAGACAUCGGCGAAGAAGUGCAGCUUGAGGUCAACCUCAUCGAUGAAAUACAACGCGUAAUGCUGGAGCGAAUGCAAGAAAAUAAGAUUCCUAUUCGUCUGGCUGCGAUGUCUGCAUUGGUGCGCCUUCAAGAUCCUCACAAUUUUGAGUGUCCGGUGAUUCAAGCGUACUUGCGGGCGUUGUUGAGUGGAAGUGCACAAAUUCGCAAAGAAGCAACUGAACGCAUAGCGCCAAACGUGAUGACUUUGAGUAAAAUCAGGGAUCGUGUUAGAGACACAGAUGUGGGUGUUCGUGCUAUGGCAUUUCAUAGGUGUGCAGAUAUAGGACCUUUGAAUUUUCGGAUUGUUGAUAAGCAUCUGAUUUUGUUGUGCGGGUUUAAGGAGACAAACGAGAAAGUGAAGAAGACGUUCUCUGAGUAUUUGCUGCCGAAAUGGUUGACAGGAUACAAGGGAGAUUUUUUGAAGUUCUUGGAGGCGUUGAAGUUGAUUGCUGAUGAGGAGGAUAUUAGCAAAAUGACGUAUUUGAGCAGGGAGUUGAUUAGGGUGUUUUAUAACCAAAACCCUAUUGAUGAUUUGAUUAAGGCGUUGCCAAUUAAUGAAGAGAAAUUAAUAAAUGUGGAACAUUUGACGAACAAUGUUACUCUGUUUUGGAAUAUUUUGACAAAUCUUUUGAGAGAGUCAGAUGAAAUGGACAGAUAUUUAAACGAAAUUUUACCAGAAAUGACGCCAUUUUGCCACUAUCUAGACAGAGUGAUAACAGCAAAAUCCGCCGAGCAAAUGGACGAAUGGAAAUUUUUUGAGUAUCAGUUUGACCUCUUGAACUUGUUUGAAAUUGCAGAAAAAUAUGAUUUUUCUGAUGAGGUGGGUAGGCGCACGAUGCACUCCUUGACGCUGAAAAUUUUACAAAAUAACAAUUUUACUUUAAAACUGACUAAGAAACUAGUGGCUAUUGCGCAUAAAUGCAGUAGUAAUCUCGAAUUUUUUACGCAUGAUAUGUGUCAGGUUAUUUCUGAGCUGCAGGAACCAGUUGUUGAUGAACCUUUGUCACUGGAUAAACAGAGGGAGCGAGACUUCAAGACGGCAGAACUGAGAGUGAAACUCAAUAUCUUGAAAGAGCGUCAAAACGAAGCAAUAAAUGAACGCAACUACCAAAAAGCGCAAGAACUCGAACAAAAGUUGGCCGAUGUCAGCAACCAACUGGAAAAAUUACAAACUCAAUUAGAUGUCGAAAAAGUUCGAGUACAGAAAACGGACAACGAAACUUUGUGUCGUUGUUUAGAUGUUCUUUCAAGCGUACUCGAACUACCAGCAGUCUCGAAACUGACCCCAUCUUUGAUCACAUGUAGAGAUCAAUUUUUGGUACCUUUGAUAAUGAAUCAAGGGGCGGAACCGCACUGGAGAGUACUUAAAUGUCUAGCUUUGUUCUCUGUCAUCGAUAAAGCUACCGCCGUGGACUACGCCAAAAUCAUUUGCAUCCCAAUUGUUACCUACCGAACAGUACAAAUCAACGCUUCAGUUCUCACACAGUCAAUUUGUAGCGUUACGGACUUGAUAUCGCUUUAUGGUGUUGAGAUUAUUGGCCAAGAGGAAGAAACAAUAAACACUACAGUAGAUCAGACUGCAAGACGAAAACUAUACACAAACGAUAACGAAGAAAGUAUGAAUACGACGAACGCAAAAAUCGAUAAAAUAACUAUGUCGUAUAUUUUUGAGAUUUAUUUGGACAUGUUGGAUGAUGAGCGGGAUGAGAUAAGGCAUAAAGCUAUUUUAGCAAUUGCUGCUUUAGUGAAACAGUCGUUUCCGGUUACCGCUAGUCUUUUGUCGAGGAUCUUGCUCAAGUGGUACAGCCCUCUAACAGAGAAGCACGACAGCCGUUUACAAAUUUAUUUGGGAUAUUUCAUCGAGCAGUAUACCAGAUUUAAAACUUGCGGUGAAGUUAUGAAGGAAGCGAUUGUACCUACACUUACCAGUUUACUUCGGGCUCCAAGAACUAGUCCUUUGGCUGAUGUUGACAUCGACAAUGUGCUUAAUUUUUUCUCAGAGAUGAUGAAUAUCCACCUACAAAAUGAUGACCUUAGAAUUUUAGCGUUGGACCUUUGUAUGAAAAUAUUGGAAAAUGUAACGGACCGAAUCGUACCAUUUUUGGCAAAGCUUUUGUACAAUUUAGAGUUGGAAAGGACAAAUGUGGCAUGCAAGACGGAAUUAAUAGAACGUGGUGAAAUGCUGCUAGAGAAUCUUUCUGAUAAACAACCCAGAAAAAACAUUGAAAAAUUAGUUUCGAAAUUAAAACAAAGCUGUGUAAUCCAGACGAAUACGACAGUGAAUACGACCGAGCAAAUGAGUGAGAGUCAGAUAUUAGAAGAAACAAACAAUACGGGAAACGAACAAACGUGUAAUGUUUUACAGGAAGUCAGCAUAAACGAACAAGACAUAAUAAAAGGACCGCAGCAAGUUAAACGAAGGAAGAGCAGAAGUAACAAAAACUGUGUGGUUGUUCUAGAAAAAUUGAAUUUGUCUAGAAUAAACCAAAAUCGUUGUAAUGAAACCACACUUCAUACGAUUAUAGAAACCAGUAUGGAGAUGGACAUUGAUAACCAUUUAACCAUCGAAACCCCCACAACAAAUUCGUCCAACAGUUCCAAGAUAUCGUCGCGGAUGAGUAAAAUAGUGAUAACAGAGACGUCCGAUUCAGAUUUCAGUACUGAGAGCGAGGUCCCGCAAAGGCGAUCAAGUAGGUGUCGAAAAAAGAGGAUUGUACCCAGCGUGUAAUAUACAUAUAUUUUAUUCAUUAAAAAUUGUAAAUAAAUAUUUAAUUUUUUCUCAAAAUCUUUGAGUGUGUACUAUAUUUAAUAAAAGUUUUUAUAGUUG